AUGUCAAAUAAAUCUGAGGAACAAAAUAAACCUGAUAAAAUUAAUGAAGUUAAAGAUAAAGAUUUUAAAAUAAAUUUAGUUGGAGAAUAUGAUGGAAAAUUUAAUAUUCAACAAGAAGUAACACAUCAAGCUUUUAAUAUAGUUCAAACAGCUGGUGAUGCAAUUCAACCAUUUAUUCCAUUUUUUACACAAGUUACAGAAGUUGUUAAAGCAUUAUUAUUAGCAAAUGAAACAGCAAAAUGUAAUCAAAAAAUUUGUUUAGCUUUAAUUGAUAGAGUUGAAAUUGCUCAACAAGCUGUAAAUUCAUUACAACGACAACAAUUAGAAAAUGAAAAAUUAUUUCGUGAUCAAAAUUAUUAUUAUGCUUGGGUUAGAUUUAUUACAGUUUUAGAAAAUAUUAGAAAAUUUGCUAAAGAAAUUACUCAAUUAUCAAGUUUACAAAAAUAUUUAAGUGCAAUGACUGUUAAAGAAACUUUUGAUAAGAAUAUUAAAGAUUUUGAAGAUAAUAUGGGAGAAUUAAAGUCUGAUGUUAAAAUAGUAAUGAAGGAGUUAACACAAUUAUCAACAAACAUAAGUGAAUUGACUAAACAAAUCACUAAAACAGAAGGUGGACACACUGGUACAGCAGAUACCGCAAAAUUAAUAUUGAACAAAGCUUAUGAAGCACCUAAUAUAGAUCCAGCGGACCUUGAACCUUAUCCUCUUAGUGGAUAUGAACCUAGAAUUUCAAAUUUUGAACUUAGUCAUACUGAACAUGAGAAAUCUUUGGAAGUAAAGAGUAUAUUGGAUAUAAUUAGAUGGUUAGCACCUGAAAAAAUGUGUAAUGAUUCAAAAAAACGAUAUAAUCUUAAUAGACGAUAUGAUCAUAAAUCUGUAAUUCAAAAUCAUGUCAUGAGUCAAAAACGGGAAACGAUGGAAAUAUUUAUUUACCCUCACCCAAUUCCUCAAAUACUUGCUAAAAUAAUUAAGAAAGCUUGGAAUCAUGAACCUUCUCAGCGUCCAAAGGUUACGGAAAUGCUAUCAGAACUUAAGGAUCUUUAUGAACGCUAUGUUCCUAAUGGUACUUCUCCAAAAGUAUGUCCUAAAGGUGAAAAUGAUGAUAUUCCUGUCCCUGGGUUUACUCUUCCAUCAGCAACGAGCAAUCAAAGAUCAAAUAGUAUUCACAGCAAAAAUAAUAGCGAAAAUACCUUUAGUUUGCCUGAAGAUU